AUGGGCCAGUUAGAAUUUCAAGCGAUUGUGUUGGCAGCAGGAAAGGGUACUCGUCUUCUGGAAAUAUUAGAAGGAAAACCAAAAUGCCUACUGCCCGUUGGACCAUAUCCGAUGAUAUGGUAUCCACUACAAUUGUUGCAACGGCACGGUUUUACUGACGUGCUAGUCAUAGUACAGGAGUUAGAGAAACAAGAAAUACAGCAUCGUUUGGAUAAGCUACAAUUGAAGCUGAAACUGGAUUAUUUUUCUGUUCCUAAGGAUGUGGAAUGUGGCACCGCUGAUUCGUUGCGACUCGUUUCGGAUAAAAUCAAGUCCGAUGUCGUGGUAGUAUCAUGUGACUCUUUAAUGGAAAUAAAUUUGUACCCGUUCCUCUCGAAAUUCCGCGAGCUUGACGCCUCCAUCGAACUAUUGUUGAUGGAAAACGGCAAAGAUCAAGAUGUUGUUCUGCCUGGUCCUAAAUUGAAGAUCAAAGCGGAAAAGGAUUUAAUCGGUUAUGACAAGACAUCGGGUAGAGUGGUGUUUAUGGCUUCUUCUAGCGACCUCGAGGAAACUGUUAAACUAUCCAGCGAGAUACUUAAUGAAUAUCCUGACCUGACAAUAUCGUCCAGUCUGCUUGAUGCACAUAUUUACAUUAUGAAAAAAUGGGUUGUAGAAUAUCUGCUUACAAUUGGCAUGAUUUCGACUGUGAAGGAAGAACUGCUACCGCAUAUUAUUGAGAAGCAGUUGCUUCAGGCUCCGGCUCUUCCAAUCAAUGAUGGUACUUCGAAGUAUGUAAGAAAAACCAAAAUGGAUAGCAUAUUCAAGUUUGCAACCUACACUGAAAUGGAUACGAAGAUCAACAAAGCUUCCGUAUUCAAUAAAGAAGAAAAUUUGACUUUGCAUCCCAUACGUUGUUACGCCCAUUUUGUGGACCCAGCUGCAUUUGGAUUGAGGGUGAACAACGUUCGUUCGUUUUUGUCGUGCAACAUGCAGAUUUUUGAGGUGUUUGCUGCACUAACUGGUUUAACUGAUCGCGAGCUAGUCUCUAAAACGAGCUCGAUUAAAUCCACGCAGAUAACAAAAUGCGCAGUUGGAGACAUGAGUACGAUUAGUGAAAAAACUUCACUUAAUCUGAACGUAAUCGCAAAUGGUUGCACUGUUGAACCGAAAACUCGUAUCAAUAAUAGUGUUCUAAUGGACGGCGUCAAGGUUGAAGAGAACGUUGUAAUCGAAAAUUGCAUAGUCGGUGAAAAGGCUGUUAUUAAGACCGGAUCCGUUUUGAAAAAUUGUCUCAUUGGACCACAUUUCAAUGUGGCUGCAAACACACAAAAAGAAAGUGUGUACCUAUCGAAUGCUGAUGGAUUUAUGACAGUCGUUUAAGAAAUGAUAAAACAUCACAUAUUCAUCGUUUAGGAACAUCUCGUGAAUUUCAUAAUGCAGUCAGUUUAUGUACACAAUCAAGAGUUUUUACAAAAACCAACGUUAUUCUAGAAGCCCAAUAACAUGAUAAUGUAUUUACAAACUAUCGCCACACUGCACGAUAGCAAGAAGUAAGCCAACACUGACCGAUAUUUCGAUUCGUUUGUUUCGGCGGUAUGCGUCAUUAAAGUUGUGGACACAGGC